UGGUGAGCUUGGGUGUGACGGCGCUUGAGGAAAGAGGAAGUGAGAACCAGGCUCUUUGUGUGCACACACGUGCCGACACCGACACAUUUCUACCAGGAGACCUUCCGUAACGUAAAAGAAGUUGGUGUUUUAAAGCUCAAUACCAGGACGCUCCGGUGCUGUUAGGAGGAAACUUCCAUCUGUCCCUCCCUUCAGCCUAGUGGAAGCCUUCGUCUGUGGUGUGGGAAGGUGGCUUUCUGUGCGUGGUGACGUCCCCACUGCUCACUCUGUCCCCUGUGUAUUUUAGGUCCCAUGUUGGCCAGUGCGCCAGAUACAGAGACAUUUUCUACAAACUGGAUGGGUCAGGAGGUGACCGGGGCCACUCUGGGAAUCGUCAGCGUGGGCAGCAGUGGCUGUAAGAUGACUCAGAGAGCCAGAGCGUUCGACACGAGGAUUCUCUACCACAACAGGAGAUGCAGGAAAUUAGAGGAGGAGGGAGCUGUUGGUGCCACUUAUCGAGAGUCUGGAUGACCUGCUUCGGCGAUUGGACUCCAUGCUGUUGGCUAUGAGCCUGACGUCCCAGACCCAGAGGCUGGUUGGGAAGAGGGAGCUGAGUCUGAUGAAGCCCACGGCCAUUGUCAUCAGCGUGGGCAAAGAAAGAAGUUUUGGUACGAAGGUCCUUCCUUGGGCUCUCACUUGAUGUACAAGCCGUCCCGGCUGGAGUUCCUAACGAAGAGCACCUCGAAGAAGACCAGGAGGGACGAGCACGUGCGCCUGCGGGCUCUGAACGGCCUUCUCUACAAAGCACUCACGGAUCUGCUGUGCACCCCGCAAGUGAGCCAGGAGAUCUGUGACCUGAACGUGCAGCUGUCCAAGGUGUCUCUGACUGCAGACUUCUCUGCCUGCCGCGUGUACUGGAGGACCGAGGUUUCCGCCGAGCGGAACACAAGCACGGAGGCCGUCCUGCAGAGGAGCGCCACCCACGUGAGGCACCUGUUGAUGUCCCAGCAGACCCUGAGGAACGUGCCGCCAGUUGUGUUCAUUCGGGACAAAGGAAACGCGGCUCUGGCAGAGGUUGAGCAGUUGCUGGCUGUGGCCGAUCUGGGACCCCGGGAUGAGAAAGAAGACUCUGUACAAGAGGACAUCGGCGGCCCCGGGGCCCGGGACGCUCCUGCUCCGCGAGGCACCCCGACCUCUGCCACAUGCUCAAGUCUGUGUGGGGUCGAUCAUGAGGCACUCAACAAACAAAUCAUGGAGUACAAGAGGAAGCAAGGGCACAGGACCAUGAGUCCCGAGGAGCCGAGGACGACGGCUGAUCUGGCGGCGGAGAUGAGAGAGGGGAAGGUGGCAGCCGCACCCUGUGCAGAUGGGGACCUCUGUCCCGGGAAUCACCUGCUGGGGGCGGCGGGCGGCAACCCCAGCCCUGACCUGGGGGGUCCCCGGGGUGCGGACAGCAGCCCCAAGCGGCAGGGCAGGCGGCGGCCAGGGGCAGAGAGCGGGAGGUGGGGAGGGGGUGGGUCCUGAGUGUCAGCUGUGCUGACGGAACCCAGGGCUCCUCAGGGGCUGUGCUGCCCCCAACACAGGUGCACUUGGACCUUGCAUCGAGAAGGGCGGUGGCCGUGGGAAGCGUGGGACAGUCCGUCAGCACGCGGGCCGCCGUCAGUCCUCCCCACGAGUGCCCGCACGUGCACACCCUGCGCGGGUGUGCGAGGGACUCAUGGGGACUCGAGGCUGUUGUGCAGCCCCCACACACGGGUUCGUGGUUGGGACGGCCAAGCAUCGUCACCGUGUUUGCACGGGUGUCUGCUCGCGCCCCAAACACUGUCCUCACGGUCAGUCUGCUGAAGGAUGGCCCCACGUCCAGUUUCCCCGGGGCAAGAGCUCCGUGGCAUGCCCUGUCAGAUGUGUGCUGUCGGAAGGACGUAGAAUAAAUCCUUACCGAGUCUGAC